AUGCGGCCAAGAAUCCGGAUGGUUUCUAUCAUCGCGUUGUUGUGGUGAACACCUACAAUGGUGAUAUGAUACACGUUUGUUUCUGUGAUUUCGGUGAUAUAGCUAUUUUACGUAGCGAUCAAUUGAAAAUAUUGCCAGCCAAAUAUCGUCAAUUGCGAAAAAUGUCGAUUCAAGCUAAAUUGCAUGGCAUCACCGCCACGCAUGGCGACUGGAGUCUGGAAGAUUGUCUACGCUUCCGUCAGUUAACAGUCGGUCAAAAAUUUGUAGCGUCUAUAAAACGUAUUACAUAUGAUAAGCUAGGUUCACCUGACACACCAAUACUCGAGCUGGAAUUGAUUGAUGUGACUACAGAUGAAGAUGUCUAUAUACAUGAGAUAUUAUUGAAGGAGCAACGUGCGAUUAAAAAUGGUGAAGUCGAAAGUAACUAAAGCGGGACUGUUGCUAUUGGACAACACACACUCAGACUAAAAGAAGAAGAGCGAAAAAAGCUAUUUCUUAACUGUAUACUAGAUUUUAAUGUAGGUUAGUAAAGGCUUUUUUUUAUUAUUUGCCUUUUGAAGGCCUUUUUAUUUCGUGUGGAUCUAUUUUUUUUACUAAUUCUAAAGAAAUUUUUAUUUCAUGCACUUUCAGAAUGGAAAAAGAGGAUAUGUACGUUGAACGUUGAAAUAUUUAUGCGGAUGAAGUGUUGUUCUUUUGAAAAAGGCGUUUUUUCACAAUGGCGUUUUCUUUUCUACCAAAAAAAAAAAAAAAAAUGUUUCCUUCUCAACGUGCUCUUCACACAAAUACUAAGGAGAAGCCAACGAAAAAAACAUGUUUUGUAGAAAA